AUGUCAUCAGAAAAAUUUAUACAACUACCAUUAGGAGAGUUUUCCAAACUAUCUUCCGCAUUUUUGGCUACCACUUUGCCUGUUGCGAUUGAAGCUCUUCUCUACUACCAAAAAUUACAGACAACCAAAGAGAAAGCCAACGAUUCAGAUUCAUUUAACCGAGAGCUAAUUAAGUUCAAAGAUUCUAGUCAUAGUGAAUUAACUCUUGAUGAAGAGAUAGAAAAACAGAGAGGCAAUCCAAAGUUUGUCUUACAGAAAAGACCAGAUGGAAAAAGCCCUGUUCAACUGUCAGCUGAUUUUUCAGAGUUCCACAAAGAUUGUAUUUCGGAAUCGAGAUGUUGUUGGAUUGGAGAUAAAGAUGUUCAAUGUUGUAAUCAUGUGAAUAGUCGUAAUCAUGUGAAAAGUCGUCACAUUUCUCUCUGUGAAACUCAUAUGCAAAUAAUGGAAAAACAAAUGAAUAUCAAGAAAAGACUUUCAGAGGAAGAAGAAAAGGAACUCCAUCAUAAGGUAUACAAUGUAAUGUGGCCAUACUUUACCAAGAGGAUCAAUGAAAUCGAAUCACACAAAGUCAAGGGUGAGAGAGAAUCAGCAGAAUUACAACUCCUCUACAAGAUGAAAUCUGUGAUCUAUACAUAUAGAACGCUUCUCAAUCCGGGAUUUGGUGGUUUCUUGGAAGCUAUCAUUGAAAUUUUUUCUUCAUCACUUUUAGAGCCAACCAAAGAUAUAGUUACGAAAUUUGGAUUUGCAGUUGCAUGUGCUUUAGGAAUAUUCUCAAUUGCACUGAUAGCAGUUGACACUGGAAAUGAAUUGUUGUUUGGUGCCAUCAUGUUCCCUGUUGGAUUGGUAGCAACCAUUUAUGGAGUUUCAGUUGGCGUUGUUACCGCUGCAGCUGCAGGUGCAACUGGUGCUGCUUUUGUAAUUGCUGCAACUCCUCCAGGUUGGAUUCUGGCUGGUGCUGCGUUAGUAGGAUCAGGUGCAUUUUUGAUAGGUGCUGGUAUAUAUCGAAAAUUAAAGGGUGUUCCUUCACCACCCAGAGAGAAUUGGUCAAGGAUCACAAGAAUAUUAUUAGGCUAA